UCGCAGUGCUUGCACAGCGUCAAGGUCUUCUCUGCUUCCCCCACUCCACUGCCCACAAGGUUCACUCCCAACACCAACAUGAAUCUGUUGGAGUGAGUCCAGGGGAGGCCACGAAGAUGAUCCGAGGGCUGGAGCACCUCCUGUACAAGUACAGGCUGAGAGAGUUGGGGUUGUUCAGCCUGGAAAAGAGAAGGAUGCGGAGAGACCUUAGAGCAGCCUCCAGUACUGAAAGGGGCUCCAGGAAAGCUGGGGAGGGGCUCCUGAUCAUCGAGUGCAGGGAUAGGAUAAAAGGGGAUGGUUUGCAUCUGCAAGAUGGGAGAUUGAGAUGAGAUCUUAGGGAGAAAUGUGUCGCUGUGAGGGUGGGGAAGCCCUGGCCCAGGUUGCCCAGAGAAGUGGCUGCUUCAUCCCUGAAGGUGUCCAAGGCCAGGUUGGAUGGGGUUUUGAUCAGCCUGAUCCUGUGGGAGGUGUCCCUGCCCAUGGCAUGGGGUUGGAACUAAAUGGGCUUUGAAGUCCCUUCCAACCCAAAGCAUUGUAUGAUUCUAUGAUACCUUCUCUCCUAAUGGUUGUCAGCUUGUAGCUCUCCAAGUCCCUCUGCUAGUUAACAUCAAAAUCAUAGAAUCAUUUAGGUUGGAAAACAUCCUUAAGAUCUUCAAGUCCAACUGUUAAACCAAAUGAGGAAGGCAAUGGAGGGUGACUGUUAGCCUUGUGACUCUGGGAAUGCUUCUGGACUCUGGUCCAGAAGCUGGUUGAAGCCUGGGGAGCAGUGAGGUGGGAGCUGUGGGAACCCCGUAAUGAAGAGCUGCACUUGAUGGCAGGAUCUGGGGCAUGAUAUGCAGCUCAGGGGCUAGUAGCCCAGGGACUCAUAGCAGGGACCCAUCUGCCACCCUAGCAGAAGUCUACUUAAUGCUUUUGCGGUGAGCUGGCAUCUCAAAUGCUGAGUCAGCAUGGAUGUAAGAGAGCAACCCCUUCACUGAUUCAGCACCAGCAAGGCAGCGGUUGAAAGAUCUGCAGCCAAAAAAAGCUGGGAUCAGCUGAGUUGGACAUCUUCGGAUUGGCUCCACCACCCAUGAGUCAUCAGGAACGACCUGAAUUGGCUGAGAAAGAGGAGCAAAAUGCAGCUGCUGAGGAUGAGGAUGGUGGGAAGAAGACCUCAGCUGCCAGCAAGAAUUCUCUGAACCUCAAAAAGAUGCCCAGGGCUUGGGCAUUGAAGGGCACAACCACAGCAAGCACAUCACUUGUGGGGCUCUGUCGAAGAAAAAGUUAGCGUGAUCCAUGUUGGCAUGUUCUACAAAGUUAUGGAAAUUAUGCAGGCCAUCCACCAUAGCAGGGUUCAACUCUAGAGUUCCACAUUGGUGGGUGAGAAGCUCCACAUGAGCUGCCAGUGGGCGCUUGGAGCCCAGAAAGCCAACCAUGUCCUCAGUUGCAUCCAAAGCAGUGGGACCAGCAGGGCCAGGGAGGGGAUUCUGCCUCUGCUCUGCUCUGGUGAGAUCCCACCUGAAGCCCUGCAUCCAGUUCUGGAGUCCUCAGCACAGGAAGGCCAUGGAUCUGUUGGAGCGAGUCCAGAGGAGGCUGAGAAGAUGAUUCGAGGUCUGGAACACCUCCCAUCUGAGGACAGGCUGAGAGAGUUGGGAUUGUUCAGCCUGGAGAAGAGAAGGCUCUGGGGAGACCUUAGAGCAGCUUCCAGUGCUAAAAGGGUCUCCAGGAAAAGCUGGGGAGGGCCUCUUGAUCAGGAAGUGCAGGGAUAGAUGAAAGGAACAGUUUUCAGCUGCAAGAAGGGAGACGGAGAUGAGAUCUUAGGGAAAAAUGUUUUCCUGUGAUGGUGGGGAACCUCUCGCCCAGGUUGCCCGGAAAAGCGGUGGCUGCUUCAUCCCUGAAGGUGUUCAAGGCCAGGUUGGAUGGGGCUUUGAGCAACCUGACCCUGUGGGAGGUGUCCCUGCCCAUGGCGGGGGGGGUGAGAACUGGAUGAGCAUUAAGGUCCCUUCCAACCCAAACCGUUCCAUGAUUCCAUGAUCAGGUGAGCGUCCUUUACGAAUUUCAUUUUUGUUGAUAGCGCUACAGAAGCGAUCAUCUCCUGCAGCAUCACAUCCUUCCAGGUUGUUUCUGGCCAACUCUGUAGUUACCUGUUUAGCCUGAUGUAGCGGGAUUGUUCCAGGUCACCUACCACCAUCUGUAGGCUUUGUCUGCUCUUGCUAUUAAGCUGCUGGAUUUGUCUGCUCUUGUAAGCUCUUAAAUUCCAACUGACUUUUUCUACACCAAAGGUAUGACGUGGUGGGGAAAAACAGAUAGACCCCCAAAAUGAUCCCAGAGUCAUAGAAUCACAGAAUGGUGGUCCAGGGGCCAGACCCAGGACACCAGACCGACUGCCCCAUGUCCUCAAUCGACAUCCAGGGGUGCAAAGCAGGUCCCUAGAUCCAUCAUCCCAACUCCUGAUGUCCCUGACCCAGAUCCAGGGGCCAUACACAUGACCCCAGACCCAGCACUCUAUGUUCCUGAUCCACAUCUAGACAUCCAAAGUAGGACCCCAGACCCGGAACCUCCUUUCUCCAUGUCCUUGACCCAGACCCAGGACCCCAGACCCAGCACUCCAUUUCCCCGUGUCCCUGACCCAUACCCAGGGAUUCAAAGCAGGAUCCCAGGCUUAUCAUCCCAACUCCCCGUGUCCCUGACCCAGAUCCAGGACUGUAGACCCAUCCCCCCACAUUCCUGACCCACAUCCAGGGGUCCAAAGCAGGACUCCAGACCCAAGACCCCAGACCCAUCCCCCCACAUUCCUGACCCACAUCCAGGGGUCCAAAGCAGCACUCCAGACCCAGGCCCCCCUGUCCCCAUAUCCCUGACCCACAUCUAGGACUGCACUCAGCACCCCAGACCCACUUCCCUGUAUCCCUGACCCAGAUGCACCUACCCAACUGCCCACGCCUGACCCCAGCCCCCUGUUUCCAUAAGGCAGACUCCCCAGUUCCACUGCCCUUGCACCAGCACCCCCUUCCCUGCACCAGGACCGCUUCCUCGGCCCCCACAUCCUUCCAAAUGCCACUGAGCGAGGCCGGCAUGGCCCAGCACGGCGUCAGUUGGACAUUUGUUAGUCAUUAAGGCUGGAGAGAAGGAGGGCGGGCGCGGGAUCAGCCUUUCUUCUCCAGCACAUAUCCCAGCGCCCUCGUCUUUUGGUGGCCACCACCCAGCCCAGCUAGGACACUGGUGUUACCCGUCCUGAGUGGGCAGAGGCCAUGGGCGAGUGUGCAGUCCUGAGGAUACUCCAGCACCGUGGUUGCUUUUGAAGGCUCCUCAGGAAGUUUUGGGAGCAGGGGGCCAGCGGGAGGGAAGCAGCCCCGGCCAUGCUGGCCGCUCGCUGACUCUCACGGGGAAGAGACGCGCCGGGGCGGAUGCGGGAACCGGAGUGGUGAGGCCUGGCUGGGUGCAGGAUUGCACCCAUCAUCCCCCAGCUUGGGGGCUAUGAGAGAAGACGAGCCAGCGGGAGGAGAGGAAGAGGAGAUGCCGUCCUUCAGCUACCGACUGAGCGGCAGGGCACGGACCAAUUGCAGCCAGUGCCAGAAGAACCUCUCCCUCCAGACGGCUGUCAAAGUCCUCUACAUCUUCUCCAUCCUCCUCAUCGUGGCUGUGACUGUGCUGGCUGCCUUGGUGUUCAAGAAAGUCGACUCCAUCUCCAAUGACAUCCGCUCAGCCCAGACUUAUUACGAGAAGAAAAUCAUUUCCAUCCAAGAGGACCUCCAAGGGAUGGAUAAGAAGACCUCAGGGAACUGCUCCCUCUGCCACGAGACAGGACAAAUGGGCCAGGAAAUCACCAAGCUGCAGGGCGAGCUGGAGGAGAUCCAGAAGAUGCUUUUGGUUCAAGAAAUCCUGCUUGAUCGGACCUCCCAGACCCACAACCAGCUCUCAUCCACCAACAAAAAGAUCACAAGUGAGGUGGACAACUGCUCCUUCUCCAUCCAGCAGGUCAAUGAAAGCUUGGGGCAGCUCUUGGCCCAGGUUGGGGGCUGGCAAGUGGUCACCUCCCAGCUAGACAACUCUCUCAAGGGUUUGACCCAGGACUGCUACGAUGUCCGAGCAGCCAUGCAGCAGAUGAAUUUCACCCUAGGGCAAACUUCCGACUGGAUCCAGGUCAUCCAGAGGAAGACAGAUGAGGAGACGCUGACGCUGCAGAAGAUCACCACCGAGUGGCAGAACUACACCCGCCUCUUCAGUGGGCUGCGGGCUACCUCCUCCAAGACCAGUGAGCUGGUGAAGAGCAUCCAAGGCAGUGUCAGUGCCGCAGCUCGGCAGGUUGGCCAGAACUCAGAGAGCAUGCACGACCUGGUGCUGCAGGUGAUGGGGCUACAGCUGCAGCUGGACAACAUCUCCUCCUUCCUGGAUGACCAUGAGGAGAACAUGAAUGAUUUGCGCUACCACAACAGGUACACACAAAACCGCACGGCCGAGCGCUUCGAGACCUUGGAAGGUCGUAUGACCUCUCACGAGAUCGAGAUCAGCACCAUCUUUGCCAACAUCAAUGCCACUGACAGCCAUGUCCACAGCAUGCUCCGCUACCUGGACGACGUGCGGCUCUCCUGCACCUUGGGCUUCCACACCCACGCUGAGGAGCUCUACUACCUGAAUAAGUCCCUCAGCCUGGUCCAGGGCACCACGGACCUGCUGCGAGAGCGUUAUAGCCUGCUCAGCGCCCGGCUGGACUUUGACAUCCGCAACUUAUCCAUGAUCAUGGAGGAGAUGAAGGUGGUGGACGUCCGGCAUGGGGAGAUGCUGAAGAACAUCACCAUCUUACGAGGUACCUUUUAACCUGAAGGUCAUGCAGAGGAUCUCCAAGAUCUGUUUGCCCAAGGUCCCACCAAGAACAAAGCUGCAGAGGCACCAGCCCUCGAGCAAAGCACAGGUGCAGCCAGUGCACAUCAGGACCUCUUCUGAACCUCAGCACUGCCAUGAUCCACCUCCUCAUUUCUGUCCACUGGCGUGUGCCAUUCUCUGCUUUGGGUCCUUUUACACCUAGUUUACACUAUCCCAGCCCUGGGCUAACACCUGCCUCCUCCCUGCAAACACAUCCUGGAUGAAGGGAUCAAGUUCUCCCCAAGCCAGUUUGCAGAUGACACCAAGUUGGACGGAAGUGUUAAUCUGCUGGAGGGCAGGAAGGUUCUGCAGAAGGAUCUGGACAGGCUGAAUCCAUGGGCCAAGACCAAUGGGAUGGGGCUCAACAAGGCCAAGUGCCAGGUCCUGCACUUGGGACACAACAACAACAUGCAGCGCUCCAGGACUGGGGAAGAGUAGCUGGAAAGCUGCCCAGCAGAAAAGACCCCGGAGGUGCUGGUCAACAGCAGUUGAACAUGAGCCAUCAGUGGCGGCCAAGAAGGCCAAAAGCAUCCUAGCUUGGAUCAGCCAUGGUGUGGCCAGCAGGAGUAGAGAAGGGAUUGUCCCCCUGCACUUGGCGCUGGUGAGGCUGCACCUGGAAUCCUGGGUUAAGUGCUGGGCCUCUCACUGCAAGAAAGACACUGAGGGGCUGGAGCUAGUCCAGAGAAGGGGAACAGCUGAGGAAGUGUAUGGAGCCCAGGGGUUCUAGGAGAGGCUGAGGGCCCUGGGGCUGUUUAGUCUGGAGGAGGCUGAGGGGAGACCUCAUCGCUCUCUGCAGCUCCCAGAAAGGAGGGUGGAGCCAGGUGGGUGCUGGUCUCUUUUCAGUAAGAAGUGACAGGACAAGAGAAAUCGCCUCAGGUUGAGCCAGGGGAGAGAUUGGAUGAGGAACAGUUUCUCUACUGAGAGAGUGAAGCUCUGGCAGAGGCUACCCAGGGCAGUGGUGGAGUCCCCAUCUCUAGAGGCCUUCAAAAAAUGUGUUGCCAUGGCAUUUGGUGACAUGGUUUAGUUGGUAUGUUUAGGUUGGGCUGACAGUUGAACCGGAUGAUCUUAGAGAUCUUUUCCAAUCUAAACGAUUCCACAAUGCUUUCAAGCUCCCACUUCUCCUCAGCAUCCCCAUUCAUCCCUUGCCAACGUUGUCCUUACACCUCACGUUUAUUUCUUAUUUCUUAUUAAAAAAUAUUUCUUAUUUCUUGUUAAAAAUGUGCAUUUUUUCCUUCCUUUGAAAAAACAAGGAGGUACAUAGAGGUCGUGGUUGCCAUCAAAGAGACUUCCAUUCAGGAGCCAAGUUGUGCCCAAACACCCCACAAGGAGUCAGGGCUUGUGCCCCACUUAAAGUUGUCCCUGUUCUCUCACUUGGGUGGGAAAGGGACUGAGAGGACAUUUCCAGCAGCACAGGUUCAACUUGACUGACAGAGACACAACAUGGCCCUCUUGGAAAGUGGAAGAGAGCAACAAUGUCCUUCACCAAGAAGGGCAGACAGAGAUGUGCUCCAUCAUCCACCAAAACCUGACUGCAAUGCAGGAACCGGACUGUCACGAUCCCGCAUUGAAUUUCACCCAUCCCUGUGGGCAA